AUGGAUACAGCUAACCAUGACGACUGUGGGGAUGGGAGUGAUGAGGUGGGCUGUGUUCACUCUUGCUUUGAUAACCAGUUCAGAUGUUCCAGUGGCAGAUGCAUCCCAGGCCACUGGGCCUGUGAUGGUGACAAUGACUGUGGAGACUUCAGUGAUGAAACCCAAAUCAAUUGUACCAAAGAAGAUGAAUGUUCUUUGAAUAACGGAGGCUGUAGCAACCACUGUUCUGUUGUUCCUGGAAGAGGAAUUGUCUGUUCCUGCCCUGAGGGACUUCAACUCAACAAAGACAAUAAAACAUGUGAAAUUGUGGAUUAUUGUAGCAAUCACCUGAAGUGCAGUCAAGUGUGUGAGCAGCACAAGCACACAGUCAAGUGUUCAUGUUACGAAGGGUGGAAGCUGGAUGUAGACGGCGAAAGUUGCACAAGUAUUGAUCCUUUUGAAGCAUUCAUCAUCUUUUCUAUUCGUCAUGAGAUCAGAAGGAUUGAUCUUCAUAAAAGAGACUAUAGUCUACUUGUUCCUGGAUUGAGAAACACAAUAGCACUUGAUUUUCACUUCAAUCAAAGUUUACUUUAUUGGACAGAUGUUGUAGAAGACAGAAUAUAUCGAGGCAAGCUUUCUGAAAGUGGAGGUGUCAGUGCAAUUGAAGUGGUUGUGGAGCAUGGCCUAGCUACCCCAGAAGGCCUGACAGUCGACUGGAUAGCAGGCAACAUAUACUGGAUAGACAGCAAUCUGGACCAAAUAGAAGUGGCCAAACUAGAUGGUUCCCUAAGGACUACACUAAUAGCAGGAGCCAUGGAACACCCCAGGGCCAUUGCUUUGGACCCAAGAUAUGGAAUUCUUUUCUGGACAGACUGGGAUGCCAAUUUUCCUCGCAUCGAAUCUGCCUCUAUGAGUGGUGCUGGAAGAAGGACCAUCUACAAAGACAUGAAAUCUGGGGCUUGGCCUAAUGGACUAACUGUGGACCACUUUGAGAAAAGGAUAGUUUGGACAGAUGCCAGGUUUAAAAAAUUAUCUCCCAAUCCUUGCUCGGCUAAUGACGGCAAAGGCCCCUGCUCUCACAUGUGCCUGAUCAAUCACAACAGGAGUGCUGCUUGUGCCUGCCCCCACCUGAUGAAGCUUUCCUCAGACAAGAAGACCUGCUAUGGUAAAUUUCUUGCAGUUCUUAUCUAA